AUGGCUGUUGACCCUUUCGACUCCGCUCUCGACCUUCUCCGUCGUCUCAACCCCAAGCAGACGACCGAUCACCUUAAUGCCAUUAUCUCCAUCGCCCCGGACCUGACUGAAGAUCUCCUCUCGUCCGUCGAUCAGCCCCUUACCGUGCGCCGCUGCAAGCAGACCGGCCGAGAUUACCUGCUCUGCGACUACAACCGCGAUGGCGACAGCUACCGCUCACCGUGGUCCAACCAGUUCGAACCGCCCAUCGAUGAGUCUAGCUCUGGGGGCAUAGGAUCUGGCGGAAACGAGGGCGCUGGCGAGGGUGCGAUUCCUAGCGAGCGCGUUCGUAAGAUGGAAGUCAAGGCCAACGAGGCUUUCGACGUUUAUCGCGAUUUGUAUUACGAAGGCGGUGUGAGCAGUGUUUACUUUUGGAACCUCGACGAUGGAUUUGCCGGAGUUGUGCUUCUGAAGAAAUCUUCUCCCCAAGGCGGUAGCACUGAAGGUGUUUGGGACUCCAUUCAUGUAUUCGAGGCCAUCGAGCGAGGACGAAGCACACACUAUAAGCUCACAUCAACCGUGAUCCUGACGCUGUCCACAGCUGGUGGAAACCUGGGCGAGAUGGACCUCAGCGGCAACAUGACACGCCAGGUCGAGCAGGAUCUCCCUGUUGAGAAUGAUGAUAGCCACAUUGCCAACGUUGGACGCUUGGUUGAGGAUAUGGAACUCAAGAUGCGCAAUCUGCUGCAAGAGGUUUACUUUGGCAAGGCCAAGGACGUGGUGGGUGAUCUGAGGAGCAUUGGAAGCUUGAGUGAGGGAGCACGAGACCGUGAGGCACAGCGAGAGCUUAUUGGCAGCAUGAGGAGAUGA